CUCGUGAACGACAAAGCCGCGACGAGAUAAGCCUCGGUACGUGAGCCUCCGCGGCCGCCGGAACCUUGAAUACAACCGCGCUCCUUCCCGCGAUAUAAUAAUAAACCGCUCAGUCUGGCCCGAGCCUUUACCGACACAACACGACCGACUGUUCUCAUUUCCUGACCCGAAUCCGAGCCUUGUGAUACGCGACACGCGGGUAGACCGAAAUGUGCUCGUGCGCACCCCCGGAGUGACUGUGACGUGAGCCCCAGUGUUCCGUAUGCAGUGACACAACACUUGUAUACAGAUAGUGUAUAUUGUGAUGUUUUGUGCCAAAACUCCUUGUGCCAUAUCCGUAGGAGAUACGUUUAUUAAUUUUUAUUAUACGCCAGGCUGGGUGAGCGAUGAAGGGGUGGUUCGACGCAUUCCGCGAGGAAGGCGGGCCGACCCUGUACGCGUACCACAACCGGACGGCGGUGGCGGCUGAUGUGCCGGCCCUGGCGCUGGUCAUCGCUGCGCUCACGCUCUACAUCGCUUUUCUCGCUGUUUUUCCCGGAAUCAGGAAAGAGAGGUUUUCCACAUUCACCAUCGUUACGCUUAGUCUCUUCGUUGGAACUGUAAUACUAGUGUGCAAACACGGGUCGUCGUGGCACGUGGGCGGCGCACGGGUGGCGCGCGCUGCGUACCGCGCCUACUCUACUGAACGCCUGGACUGCUGGCUGGCUGGCCAUGUAGGGCUUGGACACGUCAACGUCACGCUUACUGCGCUAUCCUGGGGUAACACCUCCGUCGGAGACCCUGGCGUGGAUUACAACGAGCAGUUCCGAUGGGAGGAGGCGGGCGGCGUACAGGAGCGGUACAGAGAGGGGCUGGAGCGGGGUUUGCCGUACCCCGUGCUGAGUGUGGCUGAACACUUCGCGGUGCAACACGAGGGCUUCGAGUGGGGAGCCAAGUACCGCGCAGCGGGCUAUGCUACCUCGACCUUGUUAUGGGCGGCACUAGCGCUAUGGCUACUAAUGAACCUGCUACUCGUGGUCGUACCUCGAUACGGCGCGUACGCAAUGGCAACGCUGGGUGUGACGUUGUGCGCGGCUGCCGGCGGCUACUGGGCGUCACUGCCUCAUGUACCUUUAGUGGUGCGGCUGGACGGAGCCACGUUACUGUUCUCGCUAGGCUGGUGCUUCUGGCUGGUGCUCAUCUCAGGGUGCAUCUGCCUUGUAGUGGGCCUGCUGAUCGCAGCAGUGGACCUGGUGUGGCCGCACCGAUUCUCCACAGUGUUAGAAGUAGACUACGACACGCCGUAUGACAGACACGUGCUCAUCGUCGAUAGCCGACAGCGAGCACGGCCUCAAACACAGCAAUCCUUGCCGUCUAGAAUACUUAGGAGAUUAUCAUCGAAAACUAGAGAAAGCGAGGGCCAGGUUUCUAUGGCGGUUGUGAACGAGAAUGGUCGGGACAACCCCGCCUUUCAGCACGAGCAUCGCAAACCAAACUCGCCCUGGAGGUAUCCUCUCUUCAGGAGACAGAUCGACAGAGCGGACAGUGCUUCUAGUAUAGGAUCCAGUAUUAAUGGCCACAGCACGGCAAUCAAGAUGUCUCCACUAGCGGGGAGUCCUCCAAAUCCACCUUUAGCUAUCCCAGCACACAGGUUCCGACCACAAAUACCUGCUACGGAACGAGUUAAAGAUAUGUGGUGAGAGUGCGGUGACCUGAAGCUGUGGCAUUUGUUAGUGAAUAUUAUAACGAACUAUGUAAGAAGUUGACCAAGUAGUGUGAAUUCAAGUUACCGAUCUCCAAAAUGGACGACAGUAAUCAUAAAUAAGGAGACUUUAUCGUAAUAUUUAAUGGCAUUGCCUCAUAAGCGAGACUGUCUCCUGCGUGUAAAUAUGUACAUUAUACUAUCUAAAUUAUUUUUAAGCACCUGUCCAGUGUCAUAAAUUGUAAUAAUGUAAAAAUAGUUAUUUUAAGUUACAGGAUUUUAUAAAUUAUGGUUAAAUAAAGGAGAGGUGCUCAGGUGUAUUAGACUACAUCGACACAAGUGAAUACUUUGUGCCAUGUACUCACUCCACGAUACAAAUCAGCUUACUAGCUCACACCAUAAUAAAGCAUCAUAAUUAUGCUUUAUAGGUACAUUUCAUUUUUGUCCAUAACGAGUAAAGGCCCAUUUACAUGGUGCGAGUUUCUCGUACGUUUUGGGGCGAGAAAUCGUAUGACAUUAUCGUAUGCAAUAAUCGCCAUUUACAUGGUGCGAGUUUCUCGUACGUUUUGGGGCGAGAAAUCGUAUGACAUUAUCGUAUGCAAUAAUCGCCAGGCGAGUAUCGUAUAAAAAUGUUUACAUUCACGCGAGAAAUAUAAACUCGCCUACGAUUAUGUCAUUCGAUACUCGCACGGAGAUUAUCAUCAGGCGAAAUAGAUUACACGAGGAGCCGCAUUCUAGGAGGAUAUUCGCUUACGAUUUCUCGACUCGUCUAAACUCGUUCUCGUAUGACAUUUUUUCACGUACGUGCGAGUAUCGCACGAAUCGAUCCGAACCGAUUUUCAUACGAGUUUUGCCAGUCAACUUACGUGAUUAGUUGCUAAUCAUUUACCACUAGGUAUACGUAUAAUGUAAAUAUUCGUAAUAAUAUUUCUUGUUUCUCACAUUAUUUUUACAAGCUUUUAUUUAACUUGCAAAUGUUUGUUUAUUUGAAUAUGUUUGUUCUGGUCAAAUCUUGCAAAUUUAACCCACUUUCCAUCAUUUGAUUGAGCUGAAAAUUCCUAUACAUAUGUGAGUUGGGUGACAAUGCAAUAUUAUGGUACCAUUGAACUGGUCCGAUUAUGGACACAGGAGGUGGCCAACGGCUCUAUAAAACAACUCAACCCAGAUGUGUUUGGGUUCGUUAAAAUUCUCCCGAUGAGUAUUAGUUGUCUGUUAAAAGAAAAGUACAGUCAGCGAUAAUAUCUUCUGUAAAAAUUUUAUUUUAACAAAAUCAAAUUAAUUUACUGAUUUAAUUAUAAUUUAAGUUGCAUUUAUUUUAAUAUUGGCUCUUGGCUGAAAUGGCGUGACGUUGCCCUUAAAAAAAAGUUGGCGGGAAAUAAUUAGCAGCAUUCAAGUACCUAUAUUCAAAGAAAAAUUUUGUUGUGCGUUUUGGCGAUUAAUAAAACAUUUAAAAUGUUAAAGUAAAAUUAAAAACGUAUAAAAUACCGACACAAUCAGAACAGCCUCUUGCAAUGUACUCAUGAUGACGACUGAAAAUCAUAUAAACUCGAAAUACGAUUCUCGCAUUUAAGUUUUGUUUACACGGAGACACCCAAUCAUCAAAGGCGAGGAGAUUAUCGCCCCUACUUGUACGAUAUCGUACGUAUAGUUUACAUGAUGCCAUAUUUUUUCUCGUGCUACGAUAAUCGCAUGGUCGAGGCGAGAAACUCGCACCAUGUAAAUGGGUCUAAUUGUAAAACUAGUCUAGUUAAACUAAAAUUGAAUCAAGCCAAUUCAAAUACGCCGAAAUCACUAAGUAAUAUUUAUACAUUUUGACUAUAGUGGGUACCUUAUUACUUGGUGCUGUUUGUAAUGUUUUUUUUUUCCUUUUUUAUUUAUCAUUCUGAUUCAGGGAAGGGAUCUUUGCAGCAAAUUAUGCCGUUUAAUUGCACUGUUUUGUUAACUCCGAUUAGAUCAAUUUUGUUAGCGAGACUCCUAAUUCAAAAUGAAAACAAAUCGGCGUAAAAUAUGUAUGUACCUGACUAAAAUGUUUAACAUGAAACUGACAUAUUUAAAUCAUAUCCCUUAUUUCCUAAUUUAUCAAGAUAAUCCAACAGUUGGCAUGUUGAACACACGUCUGUUCAUAACAUCACUAGGAAAGUCAUUAAGAUUUACUGUAAGUUAUUUAUUUCAUAUGAUAGUGACAUUGAUAGAAUGCGUGAUAAAAAAAAGUCCAAACAAAAAGUAAGUAGCUCCUUAAAGGUAUUCAUUUUCUAAUAAUAUAUUGACCCUUAUUGUUGACAGUAUAAUUGUAAUAGUAUUAUUUAAAACGCUGAUCAUUUUCAAUGUUGUGAAAAUAUGUUUGCAACAGUGAAUAUGUAUAAGUAUGUGACAUUUCGUAGGAAAAUGUUAACAGUAUAAAAGUGAGAAUGUAGAUAACUAUAGUAGGAAGAAUGGCUUAGAAGAUUGUAUUUAUUCUCUUCGAAAAAAUAAACGAAUUCAAAUCGAAACUAGA